ACACUCGCGUCAUCAGUUUCACAACAAACGCGAAAGAGUGCGAGUGUGGUGAAUAAGUGAAUUUGUUCGGUAGCGAUUCGCAUAGUAAAUCGACGAACUACAUCGUAAUAGAGAUACAGAUAUACGAGUUGCAGUGUAUCUGAUUAGAUUGAGACUGCGAUAAGACACGCAAAUAACAAUGUCUAAAGCACCAGCGGUUGGAAUUGACUUGGGCACCACGUACUCUUGCGUGGGUGUUUUUCAACACGGGAAGGUUGAGAUCAUUGCUAAUGAUCAGGGCAAUCGGACUACACCGAGCUAUGUGGCUUUCACCGAUACCGAGAGAUUGAUCGGCGAUGCGGCGAAAAACCAGGUUGCCAUGAAUCCUAGCAAUACCAUCUUCGACGCAAAGCGUUUGAUCGGUCGCCGGUUCGAAGAUGCGACGGUACAAAGCGACAUGAAGCAUUGGCCGUUUACGGUGAUCAAUGAAGGAGGCAAACCGAAAAUCAGCGUGUCUUACAAAGGCGAGACGAAGACUUUCUUCCCCGAAGAGGUGUCCUCUAUGGUUUUGACGAAGAUGAAGGAAACGGCGGAAGCAUAUCUGGGCAAGACUGUUACGAACGCCGUCAUCACUGUACCAGCUUAUUUCAAUGAUUCUCAGAGGCAAGCGACGAAGGACGCCGGCGCUAUCGCCGGUUUGAAUGUUCUCAGGAUAAUAAACGAGCCGACGGCAGCUGCGAUAGCGUACGGUCUCGAUAAGAAAACUUCAGGCGAGAAGAACGUCCUGAUCUUCGACUUGGGUGGAGGUACCUUUGAUGUGUCGAUCCUGACAAUUGAAGACGGCAUCUUUGAGGUGAAAUCUACGGCCGGCGACACGCAUCUCGGCGGAGAGGACUUUGACAAUCGAAUGGUGAAUCACUUUGUGCAAGAAUUCAAGAGGAAGUACAAAAAGGACUUGAGCACCAACAAGAGAGCCCUGAGACGCCUGAGGACGGCCUGCGAGAGGGCGAAAAGAACAUUGAGCUCGUCGACGCAGGCGAGCAUUGAGAUUGACUCGCUGUUCGAGGGUAUCGACUUCUACACGUCCAUCACUAGGGCCAGAUUUGAGGAACUCUGCGCCGAUAUGUUCAGAAGCACCCUCGAACCUGUGGAGAAAGCGCUGAGGGACGCGAAGAUGGACAAGGCACAAGUACACAGCAUAGUUCUAGUCGGUGGCUCUACCAGGAUACCAAAGAUUCAGAAGCUGCUUCAAGAUUUCUUCAACGGCAAGGAACUGAAUAAAUCCAUCAAUCCGGACGAGGCUGUUGCCUACGGCGCAGCGGUUCAGGCAGCUAUUCUGCACGGCGACAAGUCUGAAGAGGUUCAAGAUCUGCUUCUGCUGGACGUGACUCCGCUGUCGCUGGGCAUUGAGACGGCUGGCGGUGUCAUGACCACUUUGAUCAAGAGGAACACCACGAUACCCACGAAGCAGACGCAGACGUUUACCACGUAUUCCGACAAUCAGCCGGGAGUACUUAUUCAAGUCUACGAGGGAGAGAGAGCGAUGACCAAGGACAACAACAUCCUUGGUAAAUUUGAGCUGACGGGAAUACCACCUGCGCCUAGGGGCGUACCGCAAAUUGAAGUUACCUUCGACAUCGACGCCAAUGGUAUAUUGAAUGUCUCUGCGAUUGAAAAAUCCACGGGCAAAGAAAAUAAGAUUACGAUUACCAAUGACAAGGGUCGUUUGUCGAAGGAGGACAUAGAGAGGAUGGUGGACGAAGCCGAGCAAUACCGAUCGGAGGAUGAACAACAGCGAGAGAGGAUUUCCGCCAAGAACGCUCUCGAAUCGUACUGCUUCAACAUGAAGAGCACGAUGGAGGAUGAUAAGAUUAAGGAUAAAAUCGACGCGUCUGACAAAGAGAAAAUUACCUCCAAGUGCAACGAGGUCAUCUCAUGGUUGGACGCCAAUCAAUUAGCGGAGAAAGACGAAUUCAAUGACAAGCAGAAAGAACUAGAGGCCAUUUGCAAUCCUAUCGUGACAAAACUCUAUCAAAGUGGUGGUGGAGUACCUGGUGGCUUCCCUGGUGCAGCAGCUGGUGGAGCAGGACCUAAUCCUGGUGCCGGUGGCGCCGGAGGCGCCGGACCAACUAUCGAAGAAGUCGAUUAAAUCAUUUAACUCUUGUUUUUUCCACUCUUAUUUAAGGAACAUCAAAUUUCAUUUCAUUUUAUUGUACAGUUCGUAUGGUUGUUUAACUUAAAUAUUUAUUUUAUUAGGUCCUUGAAUAAGUUCUCGCUGUUUCUUAAAAGAUGGCGUAGCGGCACUCUG